CCUCCAACUGUCACCUCCGACCCGCUCUGUCCCACUUCGUACACUACACCUUUCACUAAUCACCGCGACAUCCAUGAGUCUCCCCUCUGCGGGCCCAAGCCGGCCCGGGCCAGUUUCGACGUCCCCGCCGCCCCACUCCACCCUUCCUUCCCCGCCCCCGACCGCGACGUCGAGCACGACCGCAACUUCGAGCACGAGCAAAAGCACGGGCACGAGCACGGGGACGAUCAACCCGCUCGCACUGCGGGUCGAGGAGCGCGAGGGCCGCGGCCGCGGCGUGUUCGCGCGCGCGCCCAUUCCCGCGGGCACGGUGCUCGAGGACGCGCCGGUGCUCGUGCUCACCAAGCAGCAGUGGGAGGACGGGCGGAUGGACGACACCGUGUUGGGCGAGUACGGGUUUUGCUGGGCGAACGGCGGCAUGGCGCUGGGUUUGGGCAUCGCCUCACUCUUCAACCACUCCUCAAGCCCCAACGUCAACUUCAUCCGCGACUUUGCAGCCGGCACUAUUCGCUUCACGACGAGCCGGGCCGUCGACCCCGACGAGGAACUGUGUAUCUGCUACAGCGCCGACGAGACCAAGCUGUGGUUCCUGCCGACUGGGCAGCGCCCGCGGCCGCCAACGCCUAGCGACGACGGCGACGGGUCGGAGCGUCUUGCUGCGCUGCAGAUUGACGACAACGAGGCUGAACGCGAAGCGUGGGAGGCUAAGGAGCGCGCUCGCGAGACCCGCCGCCAAGCUGGCGGCAGCACACACUCGGCCAAGGAGGCGCGGCGCGCCAAGUGGCGUGCAAAGCAGGAGAAGAAUAUGGCCAAAGAGGCGAUUGUCGCGCCUCAGCCUCUACCCGCGAUGAACGGGAAGGGGUUGCUGAGCGCGUCAACAGCGAUUGACACUCCUUCCGCUGCUCCAUCUUCCUCCCUGUUCCCUAUGGAGGAGCGGCCUGCCAACCUCCCGCCAGCCCUUCACUCGGACAGCAACAAUGCGCGCAGGGAGGGUCCAGUCGAGGUGCCGUCAGCUCUCGAGUGGGAUGAGGCUGGUCCGAGCGAGCUGCCGGAGGCGGAGUGGAGUGUGCUGCGUCGCGCUCGUGGACCUGUGGAGAUGGAGGAGGAGGCAGAGGACGACAACAGCGCACUGAUCAAAGUAUGGGCGAUCGAUGCGACACCAGGGACGUUUAUGAAGGAGGUGCUCGACUUCACAAAGAAGGGUGUGCCGCAGGACGAGCGUAUGCGGCAUCUGAAGCGCGUCCGGCGCAUCCCUGGCACGGGCGGCGAGGAGCGGGUGCUGGUCGCAGCGGCUAUGGUCGACACGCUCAGCGAGGACGAGUUGCGCGCACGGUUGGCGGAGUUCGACGAGCGGCUUGGCGCACUCCCCGUCGAGGUCGUUGAUACCCCGCGCGCGGCGGCCAAGACGGCCGAGCAGCUGCGUGUGCGCAACACAUACUGGCCGGUGCUCUACGCCCCGGCCAUGCCACGGUACAGCGACGCGCGUGGCUUUUCCGCAGCCAAGCUUUCGUGGGUGCGCGCCGGGAUCGAGCGCGUCCUGGCGGACGCGCGCGCUGCAAAGGUACGCGGCGAGCUCCCUGUCGCCGUGUACGUCGCGUCUCCGCCUGAGGCGCUGUAUCCGCCCAGCGACGGCUUCAUUCCGCCGACGGACGGCUUGCGCGGCGCCGCGGCGGAUACGCGCACAUCGUGCGCGCACCCGCUACGGCACGCGGUGCUGAACGCCAUCGCAGCGGUCGCGCGCCUGCGCACCGCCCCGCCCUUCUCCGAGAUCACCCCCAGCCGCAACGGCGCAGACUACCUCCUCACGAGCAUGAGCUUGUUCGUCACGCACGAGCCGUGCGUCAUGUGCGCCAUGGCGCUGCUGCACUCGCGCGUGCGUGAGGUCUUCUUCGUCUUCCCCCGGCCACGGGCGGGCGGGUUCGAGGGCAGCUUUGGCGUACACAGCCGCCGCGAUCUCAACCACCGGUUCGACGCGUGGCGCUGGAUGGGUGACGUAGACGCCGAGGCGUACGCCAUCCCGGAGAGUGUUGAGAUAUAGUGAUGUCGUGGGGAGAGUGAUGCACGCAGUGUCUUGAGA